CAGCUGUGUAUGUGAGAACUAUAAAGCAGAAAAACAGCAUCACUGGCAAAACAAUCUUUUUUAUUUCUCUUUACCUUUUCCAGUCUCUUUCCUACAUGGACCCUCCACCGUUUUCCGGCGGCCCAAUCACGGCGGCUUCACCGUCAACCACCGUAAAUUACCCCGACUCCGCCGAUUCCUCACCGGCAUCCCGACACACCGACACCUGGGACGAGCCACCACCGCCACACUCCUCCACCACCACCGCCGCCGUCACCGGCGGAAAACUCCGGUUAAUGUGUAGCUACGGCGGACACAUAUUCCCCCGCCCACACGACAAGACUCUCUGCUACGUCGGUGGAGACACUCGCAUUUUCGUAGCUGAUCGGAAUAUUCCGUUGUCUGAUCUUUCAGCUCGGCUAUCGAAAACGUUCCUCGGAGGCAGAGAAUUUUGCCUGAAGUAUCAGCUUCAGAACGAAGACCUCGAUUCACUUAUCUCAGUAACUUCAGAUGAGGACUUGGAAAACAUGAUCGAUGAAUACGAUCGCAUGAGUAUGAGUAAUUCUAAAUAUUCCCGGCUUCGUCUGUUUCUGUUUCCGAACAGUAAUAUUGAUUAUUGGAAUCCUACUCAUUCAUUGAUGAAAUCGGAAGAUUGGUUUGUCAGUGUGUUAAACGGAAUAGGAGGAGGAAAUUCUGGUUCUGCACCUUCUACCAAGGUGUUUUCAGAGUCCUCUUCGGUGAAUUGUCUGCUGGGAUUAGACGAUGACGUUGUGAAUACGGAUAUUAAGGAGGUAGAUGUGAAAGCUGAUGUUCAGUCAGUGCCGGAGGUGCCGCCGGAGGUGCUGGAUUCUCCGAUGGUGGUUGAAACGACGUCGUCUUUUGGUUCGGGUUCGUCUAUGCCGGCGUUGGUGAAUUUGCCGCGUAUAAAGGUUCAUGUUGAGGAGGAGAGUAGAAAAGGUGGUGGAAUUGAAGAGCAAUUUUCGCAAUUGAAUGUUGGGAUUAAGCAGAAGAAUGAAGCUUCUCUGGUUGUGCCGGCACCGGCUACUGUUGUUGUCUCCGGCACGCCGGUAGUUGAGCAUACACAGCAACAACAACAGACACAUCAGCAACUACAGCAACAGCUACAGCAGCAGCAGCAGCCACAGCUAUUGCAGCCAAAGCCUGUUAUUCCAUCUGAUUUGGCUUCACCUGAUUCAGUUUCAAGUGAGGGUAGUGGUAGGCAAAGACAUUACUUUUAUCAAGAACCAGGGGUCCAUUUCCAGUCGGGGAGUGGCAGGAUUUCGGGUAAUUCAGUUGAUCUAAGUAUGAGUGAUUCGAUCGGAAGGGUUCAGGUGAAACAACAAGUUCAGGAUGGUGGUGGUGGAUAUGUGUUGCCUGUACAAUAUGAUCAGCACCCGCAAAUGCUCCAACCCCAACAAUAUGUUCAUGCUGGGCAGUAUAUACAACAUACACCAUCGGGGCCUGUGCCGAUGACGUCCUACUACCCUAUGUACCCUUCACAGCACCAAACUCAUAUGCAACACCCGAAUCUUGAGCACCAAUAUCCCGUUUACUUUAUUCCUGCUAGACCUCCCCAAGCUUACAGUUCGCCAUUGCAACAAACAAAUUAUUCCGAGUCUGCCCAAACAGCCCCUCCUACUCGUCCCCAAACACAUCCUACUAUGGUCAAUCAUGCAGCAGCUUAUAAUCCAGCUAGAAAUCCUCCGACAUCUAGUUCUGCUGCAGUGGCUCCGCAAUUGGUCCAGAUCAAUCCGGGCCAACAUCAGCCACAAUACGUGAACUACUCUCAGAUUCCUCAGAUUCAUCAUCCUUCUCAGUCAAUUCCUCCUACUUCAGCCACUCCUGCCAAUUACGCUUACGAUUUUGCUGAUCCAACACAUGCUAAGGUGUACUACAGUCAGCCUCUUGCUCCUCAAAUGGCAGCGCAAUAUCAAACCAUGACAUCCGCCCCUGCUGUUAGCUUCACCGAAACUUCCUCUCAGCACCCCAUGGAAAAUUCGAUGCAGCAAAUUAGAACUUCGCAGGCGUGAAACUGUGAGUUGAUCAUAAAGAAGCAAUUUUGAAAUGUUGAUUCGUGUUUGUCUUGAUUUUUCCGUUAAAAUGUUUGAUUUCUUAGUGUGAUUGGUUUGUCGAAUGUACAAGUUAUAGGUAUAAUAAGAAAGUCGGGGUUUUUCUGUCCUUUACUUCUGUAAGUAAUGCUGUUAUUACCCAUGAAAGCACAAUGGUGCAAGGUUUACUGUAAAAUUUCAAACUGAUAUGGUACAUCCUCAGUUCUAUGUAUGGUUUUCGGAGCAAAUAUAAAGUAGUGAUUUGAAGGAUUUCUUGAGA